UGUUUGUUGUGGUUCUGUGCGCUGGGCUGGAAUGUGGUUGUGUCUUUGUGUUUCGGACACUCUUCCACAAACAAUAACAAUUUGAAUAACGGCGACAUCAAUGCCAAUAGCAUGUUCAAAGAACAGUUGCAUUUUGCAGUUUGUUAUUUCCGUUACAUUUCUCACCACCAACGAUUACGCCCCCCCCCCCUCCCACUCCCAAGGGAUUUUCAAAUUUGCAGGUCAUCGAGAAGGGGGAGGUUCGAGUACACAGGAAGUGUCAGAUCUCACCAGGGCUCACUCAGUGCAAGUCGUGAAUUUUAAGAGGAAUGACCUGAGGCACAAGUGAUUGCUUAUUGCUGUGACAUCCACCCCAAAGGAUCACCACUUCCUACAACAACUAAAGCAAGAAAUCUGAAUGAGUGUUAAGAAACCCAUGCAAGGAAAAAGGGAAUAAAUCUGUGCUAAUUACAGGAUAAACCAAAAGAUAUAACAAAGACGACACCUUGUAAAGAACCAAAUUCAGGAGCAGCAGGAUUAGUGUCAACACCGGGUUAUAAUGGAAGAAAAAAGAAGCUUUAAAGAAGGUCCUAGACAAAUUGUUUGGAAUGACAAUCUUGAUGUCGUGUGUGAUUGAUAAUUGUUUUCAAAGGGACUCACCAUGAAGUGAACUUAAAUUAAAUGUCCCUUGUUCUCUGGAUCAAUAUCAAGCAGGAAUACCGUGCCAGAACUUUAACUCAGUAACCAUUCCCAGCAAAUGUGAGCAGACCAGGGACUUUCUAAAGACGACAAAUUUAGCAAAUGAAUCCCGCCGACCUUCCGCGGAAAAGUACUUGAAGCCUUUCUCUAGGUCAUGGAGCCUGAGUCAAGCACUGCCCACCAGAAGAGUACAGGAAGGUCUGAUCAGAGCCCAGGCAGGAAGUCAAGCAAGGUUGAAAUUGGUCCCUCAAGUGGGAGGUCAGCUGUUGCCUAUCACCCAGGCCAGCUCCUUCCCCAAGGAAGCCUCGGUGGCGACAUCAUCCCACCCCAGCCGUGUUUCUCAGGCUCGCUGCCCAUUCCCGCGCCCACGGAACGUGCUCAUCAACAGGCUCCGGCGCCAGAUCUGCCAAAGCACACCAGCGCCUACUCCUACGAGCAGGUGCACCACACCUCAUCGCAGCUCCUGCAGCAACCCAUGACGUCUGCGUUCAUGGCUCCAGUUAAGCCGGAGCUUGGUCUGGAGGGACGAUCGUGGCAGCUUUUUGACCCAAGAGGGCCCAUGGCCUCCGGGCCAUUCCUACCCUCUGGUCUUCACUCCCACCGGCAUCUUCUCCCCUCCCGUUCUCCCAUCAUGCCCAAGGAGGAGUCUCAGCCUGUCCAACCUGUUCACGGCCACCACACUGCUCAGGUUCCCUUGAAACAGGAGGAGGCACCUAGAAAGGAGAAAAAGCCUCAAAAGCCAGGCAAGUACAUUUGCCAGUUCUGCAGCCGUCCUUGUGCCAAGCCCAGUGUGCUCCAGAAACACAUCAGGUCACACACUGGCGAGCGUCCCUACCCUUGCCAUUCCUGUGGGUUCUCCUUCAAGACGAAAAGCAACUUGUACAAACAUAGGAAGUCUCACGCCCAUAAACUCAAAGCAGGGCUGGUCCCUGGCGCCAAAGGAGAGACGUUUCCUGGAACCUCCAGUCUGGAGAUGGAGAAGCUCAGUGGGGAUGAACCCGAGGAGCACACUGAAGGAGAUGAAAGCACAGACUCCGAAGAUGAGACUGCCGGCAUGAUGGGUCACUCCCUCGACCCGCUGUCCAAACACAAGCACAUUCCAAGCUGCGGCUCGUUCGGCACUCAGGAACCGAGUCCCAGGCAGCCAGCCUUUACCUUGGCUCAGCCGAGCGAGACUCCGUCCCUCGAUGAAGGCUCGCAGCUUUCGGAGUCCUCCCUCGACCUGUCCUUCGGCCACAAGCCGGAAGACUCACACACCAUAAAGCAGAAGUUGGCGCUGCGGCUCAGCGAGAGGAGGAAGGCCUUGGCUGAUGAGCAAUCCCAGACCUUUCUGAGCCCGGGAAGCAAAGGGAGUACAGAGUCAGGUUACUUCUCCCGGUCGGAGAGCGCCGAACAGCAGCUGAGCCCACCGCAGGCUAGCGCCAAGUCUUACGCCGAGAUUAUCCUGGGGAAGUACGGCCGCUACGGUCAAAGAACAGCCAUGAUUGCCGCAAGUGCAACGCAGAGGAUGCAGCAGGUGGAAGAGAAGCCUGCGGCGCUUUCAUUUUCCGUGCCCAAAGCCCAGAUGGAACAGAAUGUCAUUGAACACAUCACCAAACUCAUCACAAUUAACGAAGCAGUGGUGGACACCAGCCAGAUUGACAGCGUCAAACCCCGUCGCACUUCACUGUCCAGGCGGGGUAGCAUAGAGUCGCCAAAGCCAAGCUCCUCCAGAGAUUCAUUUCAGUUCGACCUCAAGUCGCUGGGGUCUGGUGGCCUGAGCUCAGAUCCUAGCAGGCUUGCCUUCUCAGCUGUUCAUCAUGGCCAUGGUGCCACUGAAACAGUGCCUCUGACGAGAAGCAACUCCAUGCCUUCUGCAGGUAGCUCCUGUGCCCCGCCAGCCUUCAAAGGAAGCCAUUCGUUCGAUGACAGAAUGACGGAGCCUGACCAGGCCUUCAGCCAUGGGCUGAUAACCCACCACCGCAUGCUAAAAAGGCAGAAGGCAAUCGAGCUGCCAUCAGGGAUGGAGUAUCAGACAGAAGAAGCAGGGUAUUCGGCAAAGGAGAUGCAGGCAGCCCCAAGCAGGGCUGGCGAAGAGCAAGAGCCCACUGAGACUGACCCCACCAAGAAGACCAAGAAAGGCCCAAGGGCCAAAGGGCUGAUGUACGAAUGUGACAUCUGCGGGGCCCGCUACAGGAAACGGAGCAACUAUGAAACACACAAGAAAUAUUACUGCUCAGAACUGCACGCGCCAAGGUCCCGGCCCUACUUGGCUCACACCUCUCAGGAGAUGGAACGCAGGCCUCUAGGUCACGACGUGCAACCGCAGAUAGUGCACUACAAGCUCCGUCCCUCCCUGGAGCUCACCCCGGCGAGGAAGAGGAGGAAAGAGAAGAGUCUUGGAGACGAUGAGGAACCCCCAGGUGACUACGGCAGCAGGCCAAACCCCGCUUCCAUUGCGGGCCCUAGCAGCGCCACUCCUGCCCAGUCUUCGUUACCACUGCCAGCUCAGACCUCCGUCGUCCCGCUGGUGAUGAGCCCAUCCAUGAGCAAGGGCGAAGCUCGGCUGGUGAUGGAGGCGAGCUCGGAGCCGAGGGUCAGGCCGAGGCCCACGUCCACCGAGGUGAAGCCUUACCCAGCCCCGGGCCCUAGCUCGGAUACAGGGGGCAAAAGGACAACGGGGAAGGAGAUCUCUGUCAUCCAACACACCAACAAGCUGAGCAGGCCCAGUUCCUUCGAGAAGACAGAGUCACUCGAGCACCUGGGCCCGCAGGAGGGCCCGUCAGCCGAGUACCCGGCCCAGGUCAGUGAGGCCGAAGCAAGGAGGGCAUGGCCACCAUCUGCCGAGCAGCCUCGCCCACACCACCACCCUCUGCAAGCCCGGCUGGUCCGCCAACGCAAGAUCCAGGUGCCCGAGAUCCUGGUGACAGAAGAGCCGGACAAGGUGGAGAAGGAGAAGGAGGUGGGUGCCAAGGAGCCGGAGAGGCCGCCCGAGGAGUUCCAGUGGCCGCAGAGGAGCCAGACGCUGUCGCAGUUCCCCACCGAGAAGCUGCCGCCCAAGAAGAAGCGGCUGCGGCUGGCCGAGAUGUCGCAGUCGUCGGGCGAGUCGAGCUUCGAGUCGGCCACGCUGUCCCGGAGCCCGAGCCAGGAGAGCAGCGUGUCCCACGGCUCCGGCCGCUCGGCGUCCUUCGACAGGGACGAGGGGUCGGCGGCCGCGCCCAAGGAUGGCGGCGGGCCGCCCGUCGAGGCGCACGGCCGGUCCGCCGCCGCCCCGCACAUGCUGACGGUCCCCGCCCACUACCAGCACCCGCGGGAGAUGAGGCGCUCCUCGUCCGAGCAGGCCUCGGGCCGCCAGCCGCCCUCGGAGGCUGCCGAGGCCCGCAGCAAGUCCUUCGACUACGGCAGCCUGUCGUCGGACUCCAGCCCGGGGCCCAAGCUGCCCUCGCCCCUCAAGGAGCGGCGGAGGUGCCUACUGGUCCGCCAGGCCACGCUCAGCGGCUGCGCCGAGCCAGAGCCCAGGCCGGAGAAGCAGGAGGCGCCGCCGCCUUUGGGAGCGCAGGGUCCGGCGUCGUGCUACCACUCGCCCCCUCCGCCCGCCGCCUUGCUGCCUCAGCCCGGCGACGCCCAGCCGCCCGCCGACGUGUUCCCCGCCCAGCCACCGGCUGAGGCCUUCCAGCUGUUCCAGCUGCCGCCACCGCCGGCGGCCGAGCAGAAGCACUACCCGCCGCCCGCCUUCAGGGGCCAGAUGUCGGCCCUGCUGUCGGCGCCCGACCCCCUGCCCUUCCCCGUCUUCCCGCUGCAGCACCUGCCGCCGGCCCGCCCUUCCCCGCUGCUGCCGCCGCCGCCCGCCCUCCCCUUCCUGCCCGUCCGCUCCCAGCUGGCCUUCCAGCUGCAGGCCGGGCCCGGGGCUGGCCACUUCAGGGACCACAAGCCCCCCUCCCGGCCGUCCCCGCCGACCCCCUUCCACUCGCAGCCCGAGUACAGCUCGGCCAGCGCCACUUCCGCCGCCUCCUCCUCCUCGGUCGCCCAGCCCACCAUCACCGAAUCCCCCGAGCCCCUCCGGCCCAUGGUGUCGUUCAUGGUGCCCGUCAGGGUCCAGACACACAUGCCAACCUACGGGAGCGCCAUGUACACAACCCUGUCUCAGAUGCUGGUGACACAGUCAGCAGAGAGCCCAACCACUGUGGUCAUCUGCAGGGUAGAAGACAGCAGACCCAAAGCCACCCUGGUGUGCAGUGCUGCGGUGCAUGGCAUAGGGCUGGAUUUGACGCAGAUGAUCGCUGGCCACCACCGGGACUUGAUCCAGUCACCCUACCUGAGGGUACCAUUGCCCAUGACAGAGAGGAAAGGAUAUGUGCCGCUUGCCUCGACGACAGAGGGGACUUGCGGGGCAGAGAGUUACCCAUCCACUAUUGGUGGAAGCAAACGGAUGCUGUCUCCGGCGGGGAGCUUAGAACUGACCAUGGAGACCCAGCAACAGAAGCGAGUGAAGGAGGAAGAGAUUGAAGAGGAAUCUGAAGAGAAAACUGAAGCAAGAGCAGAAGAUGCUGCAAGGCGACAGUCUCCCCAGCCGGCAAGACGGUGUCCAGCUGAGUCCAAGGCCUUAUCUGUCCAGAUCUCGCCAUCCCCCCUACAGCUGCCCAGGACCUCAGAGAAGCACGAGCUCUGGUCAGGACAUCAGUACAGAGGUAAAACUCCACUAGAGCCAGUGAAGAAGGAGGAUCCCCAGGAGGCGGUCCAAGAGAGGUCUCCACUGCACUUGCAAGAGCUUCAGACGCUCACCUCCAGCACUUUACCUGAUCAACCCUCAGUCGCCAGUCCCACAAAGCCCAACACCGUUCUCGUCACAGACGUCAGUGACGUUCAGCAUGUACUGCACUUCCCCAGUCUUCACACAACCACCAACGUCAGCUGGUGUUACCUGAAGUACACCAAGCCAAAUCCCACACAGCAAACUGACCGAAGGUCCUCCGUGUAUGCCAGUUGGUGUGUCAGCCUGUACAAUCCCAACCUACCGGGCAUGUCUACCAAGCUAAGCCUCGCGCUUCUGAGGUCAAAACAGAUGUCCAGCAAGGAAGUCUACACCAUGGCUACGGCUUCACGGCGACAGACAGGGAAGUUGGUCCCAUCGAGUACAAGGAAGCUCCGAGUUAGUGAGAUUCAUAUCCCUUCCCUGCUUUCUGGAGAUAGUGGAAAAGAAGCCUGCAAAGUAGAACAAGAAGAAGAAAGAAGAGAGAAGCACGAGGAUGAUAGUUCAACGCCGAAGAGGCUGGAGCCAACACGAAUUAAGAUCUUUGAUGGAGGGUAUAAGUCCAACGAAGAUUAUGUUUAUGUGCGAGGGAGGGGAAGGGGAAAGUAUGUGUGCGAGGAAUGUGGAAUUCGCUGCAAGAAACCCAGCAUGCUGAAGAAACACAUCCGCACACACACAGACCUCCGGCCAUACGCCUGCAACUAUUGUAACUUUGCCUUCAAAACCAAAGGGAACUUGACGAAGCACAUGAAGUCAAAGGCUCACAGUAAAAAGUGCCAGGAGAUGGGAGUGACUGUUGCAUUAAUGGAAGACGUGGAAUCUGAAGAAGGAACCAGUGAAGAGCCAGCAAAGAGAGCAGAAGAAAGUGAGGGUACAGACCUAGCAGAAGAGCAUCAGUUUUCGGAUGUUGAGGAGUCAGAUGAUGAUGAUGAUAACGAAGAUGAUGAGGAGGAGGAGGAAGACGAGGAGCCAUUUUUGAAGUCUUCGGAGACUGCAAGCACCAGUCCUCAGACAGCUGGAUCUUCCAGAGGGGAGACCACAUUCUCAGCAUUAGCAGCCACCUCAAUGCCGGGACCCAGUUUAACCAGUCAGUAUUCAUUGAUGAGUUACCCAGUAUCAUCAUCUCAGCUUCAAGCCACACAGCUAAUGAAAUCCUCAGAGUCACCUAUGGUUCCUGCAUAUCACAGCAUCUCACAGUCCCAGCAGGAAGGAAGCACUCCUUUGCCUUUAUUGCCAUCCACUGAGCAUUUUUCAUCAGGGCAAGGAGAUCCUCUGAUGAAAAGGCAGAGCAUCCUGAGUGCAACUGUUUCACCAUCAAUAGAAACAUCACCUAGAAAGCCAUGGUCUCCAAAGAGAGAGGCAUCACUUUUGUGUCCAGGAGGUGACAUUCCAUCAGGAAGAUGCUCAUCACCAGAGACAGAGGCAGCUCUAAAAGAACACUCAUCUUCAAGAAAAGAGAUGUCACCUCAAAGACGUUUCUCUCCAGGAAGGGAAUUAUCACCCAGGAGAUGCCUAUCACCAGGCAGAGGCAUAUCACCAAGGAGACAUUUGUCCCCAGGAAGAGAGGUGUCACCUAAGAGAUGCCUGUCGCCGAGGAUAGAAGUGUCACCUGGGAGAGUUUCACCCAGAACACAUUUGUCACCAGAAAGAGAAAUAUUGCCUAGACGAACUUUGUCAUCAAGUAUAAAGCCUGCAAGGUACCUAUCUCCAGCAAGAGAUGUCUCUCCAAGUAGACAGUUGUCACCAGUGAGAAAAGAGUCACCUCUCAGACACUUGUCCCCGGUGAAAGAUGAACCGCCAAGCAGAUGCCUAACACCAGUUUGGCAGAGUGGCCAAGGCUCCUCUUUCCUUGCACAGCACAGUGGCUCACCUUCAUUGGGUCUACCUCAACGGAAAUCCAGCAAAGAACAGGAGCAAUCUGAAGUUAAAAUGAAGAUGUCUCGAAUGGGAUACCGCAGCUUCUAUGAAGAACCGAGUAUGUCAUCCCAAGCCUUGCAUUUUUGCUUUUCGAGGAAUACUCAAACAGCACUGGAAGGACAAAGUUACUGUGGGCUAACUGGGAACGCACAAGAUUAUGUCUUCAGUCACCUUCCUCUGCACUCACAACAGCUGGUCAGGACACCCUAUCCCAUGAUCCCAAUUGGAGGGAUUCAGAUGGUUCAGGCAAGGCCAGGCUAUCAUUCAGGUUUGGUGCCUUCACAAGUCUCUCUACAGUCGGGGUUUCCUGUAAGCCUAUCUGCACCCAGUCCAUUUAGUGCAAGCAAGUCAGAGGCCACAGUACAUUUAGAAGAAGAGGUUUUGUCCAAAUCAGCUGAAGCAACAACUUCUGAACCUUUGCCUUUACAGCUACCUUCAGCUCCCAUGGCCCCUCUUAUAACGGCACCUUCUCUGACCAGGAGUGGUAAACAGAGUGUCACUUUACAGAGGACGGAGACUGCUGAGUUAGAAGAAGCAGCAGUGUACAAACAGGAGGAAUACAGGGUACCAAUUUAUUCUGAACCCAGCACUAUAGCUGCUCUGAGCCGCUCAGGAAAAGAAGCUGGUUCAGUCAGACAGGACAGCCCCAGCACCAGCCAGGAGCACUCUCCAAAGCCUUCAACAAGCGGUGAAGGAACCUCAAAGGAUUUGAGCAAGAAGCAGUUUGGAUGUUCGGACACCUACUACGAGUCGGCCUGCACUUUAGCCACCAUGCAUUCUUUACAAGGAAGCAGUGGUAGCAGUUCGUCGGAGUCUCUGAGUCCCUCUCACUCUUUCCAAACUGGUGCUGGCAGGACUACUUCAAGUGGACAGUGUCCACCAGUUAGAAUGCAAAUGGGAAGCAGCCCCGAGUCUAAGGGUGAAGACUUCAAGCACCUUGAUACACAAAAGGACAAUGAGACAGGAAGCUCAUAGCAACCACCACCAUGCAGAUUCACCAAUGAAGAAAAUGGGAUGGCGUUGGUCAACACUAGAUUUCCUUCAGCAUACUCACAAAUGUUGUUCAAAUGAAACAUUCACCUAUUAUAUACGUUAACAUGACCAAAAUCGUCAGAAGAUUCCUGUUUAAAAUUGUCUGAAUCCAGUAUUAUUUAAACGUACACAUUACU